CCUUCCAGUUCGCAGAUGCAGAGGCACGCCGUGAAUAUCCUCCUCUGAAUAUCCGGUAAUUCUAGCUUCCCCGGCAGCAGGCAGGCGACAAGGAUGCUCACUCUCACGGCCAGCUUUACACCAGUGCAUGUUCAAUGCAGAAGCCAAAUGCCAUUCAAUGUGGUCGCCGAUAGGUUUCCUACGUUUCUACCAAAACAAGUAGAAGAAAUCAAAGACCAGUUCGCUCGAAAGCUCGCUGCUAGGAUAGAGAGGCUACCGGUCAGCUUCUCAGAGAGUUGUAUCAUGAGUAGUUGUGUGAAGCCAUUGACAACAAGCAAGGCAAGUCCUGUGGUUCUCCUCCAUGGUUUUGACAGUUCUUGCCUAGAAUGGAGAUACACAUAUCCGUUGCUUGAGGAGGCAGGUCUGGAAACCUGGGCUCUUGACAUUCUUGGUUGGGGUUUCUCUGAUUUAGGAAAACUUCCAUCUUGUGAUGUGGCAACAAAGCGUGAACAUUUUUAUCAGCUUUGGAAAUCCUACAUCAUGAGGCCAAUGAUACUGGUCGGACCAAGCCUUGGUGCUGCUGUUGCAAUUGACUUCGCAGUGAAUCAUCCAGAAGCUGUUGAAAAGUUAGUUUUGAUUGAUGCAAGCGUAUAUGUAGAAGGCACUGGAAACUUGGAAAAAUUACCUAAAACAAUGGCCUAUGCUGGGGUAUAUCUGUUAAAGAGCAUUCCAUUGCGCUUCUAUGUUAAUUUUAUGGCCUUCAGCGGUAUAUCGUUCAGUACCAGCAUAGACUGGACUAAUAUUGGUCGUUUGCAUUGUUUAUAUCCUUGGUGGGAGGAUGCAACUGUGAAUUUCAUGAUCAGUGGUGGCUACAACGUCCUUUCCCAGAUCAAACAGGUUAAGCAGAAGACACUUGUCAUAUGGGGUGAGGAUGACAAGAUUGUCAGUAACAAGCUUGCAGUGAGAUUGCAAGGUGACCUGCCUGAAGCAAUUCUUAGGCAAAUACCGAAUUGUGGUCACCUUCCUCAUGUAGAAAAGCCCAGCUGUGUUUCCAAGUUGGUUCUGGAAUUCGUCGAGAAUACAAAGACCCAAUACGUUUCACAACAUUAAAGGUUUACUCUUUUAUCUCACAAAUCGUUUUUCUCGGUUAGAAUCAACCGCAUUUCCGAGUAAUAUAUGAAUGGAAAUUCGCUUGCAUUGUUUGCAGUGUUUUGAAGGUGACUUUCUGUCGCGUAUAAUGUGAGCCAUUAUGCAUCUCUCUAUUAUAUUAUGCAUGCAACAGUAUCACGACAUUGGAUAUCUCACCAACACCAACUUAACCAAUACCAUUAAGAAGGAUUGAAAAAAAUACUGCCUCGAAAUGUACAGUAGGAAAAGUUCCCCAAUAGUGGUCAUCUGUCACCACUCAACACCACCACCCAUCCAAAAGGGAAUCCAAUUCCCAGCUUUAGACCUUUAGGAAAAAGUCUUAAAGAGAGAUUACACAAGAGGAGGAAGAUUACAGAAGGAUAGAGUGAUAGAACUAGUAAAGUUGUGGGGUUUGCCUCCCGAUGACAAAAUCUGCUCCGCACAUCACAAACCCCACCCCACUUUUUCCCUAGAUAGUACCUUCUCAGAAGCUCAGCCCCACACGAGGCAUAAGGCAUAAAU